AAACUGCGGGUGAUGUACAAUUUGCAAAAGAUGUGGGAUUCAGCACAAUGAAAUCAAUGCAGAGCAAAGUGCCUAUAAAUGCACCGCAAACGAAGUGCAACUCAUCAGUUUCGAACUCUCAGAACGUCAAAGGCUCGUCCGAUGGCCGCGUCUAUUCUGGCAUUAGCCUUUGCUCUACUGUCCGUCUGCAGCGCAAUACCGCUUAAUAAUAUUCCGUUAGAGUCGGAUGCUUCUCAAUGUCAAACAUGUCAGGAGCGGUUCAACGAUAAAGACUUCGCGCUAGUGAAGGCAACUCUGUCGGACAUCAGCAACUCGUGGAAAGAGCUAACAUACAACAACGGCAAGCUGCACCGUUCCAACUCCGGCAACGACGACACCUCAAUCAAAGCGCGUCUCUGCUUCACCGUUCGCGAGGUCUCUCCAAACGCUGUCGUUUCUCAUCUCUCCGGCGUCCAGGAGCACACGCAUUGCAACACAGCGUUACAAGCGCACGUGCUCGAGACAUGCGCAACCUACGAUGCCUUCUACUCAAUCCGAAAAUUCUCCGGAUUAAAACUCGACCGUGACUUUCUCGAAGCGGUGGCCGUCCGACAGGACACGAACACCGUCGCCUGCACAAUCGUUGCCCAGAAAAACGUCGCAAAUCCGUACGCAAACGUACUCUACCCACCGGACACACAAAACCGCGUAGUCCGCGGUACCGUCCACCUGUCGGGAGCCCGAGUGUGCCCCGCAGCCGAUGGACAAAACACAGACGUUUGCCUGCUAGUAAACUACGACAUCAACGAGUCGGUAAGCUCGAGUGCCGCCGACCGAAUUGCUCGCAACAUUCUAGCUCGAUGGCACAAAAAUCUACAAAGUUGCUCUCAAAAUGACGACAGUCCGACAUCGACUCCGACGGUUUCUCUAUCGCAGCGGGUCGUUAAAGAACUCAUUGCCGCCGAACGAGACCAUUCGGAAGUCGACGGAUGGAAUCACAUUCCCGGAACGGACAAGGCAGAUGUAUACUUCAAGCACUGGGCCGGCACCACCGUCUACGCCUUCAAAUCGUUUUACAAGGUGUCCGUACCAGCGUGCACUUUAGUUAAUAUCCUGACUGAUUACAGUUCCCGCUCUCGCUGGGACUUGACCUUCCCACAGGUCACUAUUCUCAACAACGACACUAAUGUACAGACUGUACACUGGGAACUGCUUCUUCAUGAGCCGUUUGUGAAUAGGGACGCGAUUCUUCACUCUACACUCGUCCAAUUACCAGCAAGAGGUCAUUUGAUUGGUUAUAUCAAUGCCGAGGAUGAUCAGCUACCACCUCAUCCUGGGAUUGUCCGAGCCAUAGCCUAUCCGUCGGCCAUCUUUAUUCGCCCGCACCCACAUAUUCCAAAGAAAUCGUUUGUGAGUUACAACUUGCAUAUGGACCUCGGACAAGGCAUCAGUCCAGUUCAAUACAAGGCACUGCUUCGGAUUCGUAUCCUCUGGGCAAAUUGGGUCGAGCAGUUCUAUGAGAAGCUGAUUACAACUGGAACAUUGGGCAACAUCAAAAGCAGCUUUGAAGUAACUUGCUAACUAUACAUUUGAGUUUAAUAUGUAGGAUGAUAAUUACAAUAUGAUAAAUAUACAAUUCUAUUAGACAAUGA